CAUCAUCUUCUCAUAACUUCAUCACAAACACUUUCUCAAACUCUCUUUCGCAAUCAUGGAAGCUCAACGUGUCGGUCUUGACAUGUUCAAGGGCUUACUUUCGCCCGACGUUCGUAGUGCUCAUUUGUUGGUAUUUGGUGCCGCUUUUGGUUCUCAAGCAUUUUUGACUUUUGUUGGCGCUCCAAUCAUGUAUAGCGAAUUACCUCGUCAACAAUUUGGCAAUUUGAUGAAGAAACUCUUCCCAACCUAUUUCUCUUACAAUGGUUUAGCAGCUGCUUUCUUGGUUGGCUCUUUGGCUUGGGACAAUGCCGUUGUACGCAAACAUCCUUUUGAUAUCUUUGAUGCAACUGUUUAUCAAGCUUUCACUUUGGCUACAGUCGCUGCUGCUAAUUUGAUCAAUGCUUUAGCAAUCGGCCCUGCAAGUUAUAAAUUACAAGAUGAACGUCACCGUCAAGAAGCUGCUGAAGGCAAAUCAUACGAUGACGCAGGUGUCUCCGACAAGAUGCAAAAGCUCAACAAAGAGUUCGCUGGUCUUCACUCAAUCAGCACUCUUCUCAACAUUGCAUCCAUCGGUGGAUUGGGUUUCCAUGCAUUGGUACGUAGCAGUUUUGUUGAUCUUGUUCUGGUUUGGGUUCUCGUCUUUUUCUUUUCGCUAUUGCCUAUCGUCGCCAGAGCUGAUAUGCUCGAAACAGUCAUCAAUGAUGUCAUUUUGACGGUGGAUUCUCCAAAAAUUUGGUGAUGAGCACCGGAAGGAUUUGGAGAUCAUCGUACAACAGAUGUUGGCAAUCGUUUUGCCUCAUCAUUUGGAGAUUUGCAUCAUCGAGUUGGGAUGUGUUAUGGGUUAUUUUUGGUGUGUGGUAUUAUGGUUAUUUGAGUGUAGACACGACGGGCUUUGAAAGCUGGCGAGUGUCGCGUUUGGAUGGAUGAUGCUGUGCUUCUUAUGGUAACGAUACACAAGGAUGUGUUUUAGGCGGAUUUGGUCAGCUACGAGAAAAAA